AUGAAUAAGCCGAACAGAAAUGCAGAGGAACGAAGACGAUUGCAGAUAGUAAGUUUCUUAUAUUAAUUUCACAAUUCAACACAUGUUUCUUGCAGUUGGGGUACCAAUUUGAAACGCUGAGAAAGAAAGUUCCGUCGUUGAAUGUCGGAGGUGAACGCUGCACGAAGGUUUGUUUUGAGCAACUGCAAAACGUUUGAAAUUAUCUUUUUUGUUGAAGUUGAGAAUUCUAAGAGAAGCAAUGGAGUACAUUAAGAACUUGAAGGACCAAAUCAGAAUGCACGAUGAAAUGAAGAGCAUGGAUCAAGGAUCGGAACAUGCAUCGGUUACGCAUGAAACUGCACAAGUUCUGUCACCUCUGACCCUGCCAGCUUUGAUCGUGAGGGAUGAGAUGGAGUUCGAGCAGAUGGAUACUCAUUGCCUACAAAUUUUCGAGGACAAGGAGAAGGCUGAACUUGCGACGGAGCCAAAGUGGAACCCCAAUCAGUUCGGAGACGACGAAACUCGUGGAACAGAGAUUGAAGUAAGUUAUCGGGUUGACAAUCUCAGAAAAGUAUCCCUUGUUCAGAUGACAAGCCAAUUUGAAAUUUUGAUCGAGCGGGUUCCGGCGCUGAAUGGCUUGAAGUUCGGAAAUGACGGUGUGGAACCGGUAAAAUUGUUUCGCAGUUUCUGAGGAAAACCGCUUCUAUUUCAGAUCGAAGUUAUUGAUGCAACGAUGGAUUACAUCCAAACUCUCCAAAACCAGAUCAGGGAUUUCGAUGAUAUGGACAAGGAAAAUUUGGAGCGCUCGGUCACUGACUACAAUCAUUCAUGGGACCUUCCAUCUUCAUCGAACGAUUACAAUUGGCUGGAGAAUUGA